AUGGAAAGAUUGCUACGUAUUGGGGAAGAACGUGGAUUUCCUGGCAUGAUAGGUAGCAUUGAUUGUAUGCACUGGGAGUGGAAGAACUGUCCACACGCAUGGAAGGGGCAGUAUCAAGGAAGAGAAGGAGUUGCAACUCUCAUACUGGAGGCAGUUGCGGACAGAGAUCUAUGGAUAUGGCAUUCGUUUUUUGGGAUGCCAGGUAGCUACAACGAUAUUAAUGUGCUUCAUCGAUCCCCUGUGUUCGAAGACGUCUUAGAGGGUCGGACACCUCCUGUCAACUUCGUAGUCAAUGGUCAUCAUUAUACGAAUGGGUAUUAUCUUACUGAUGGAAUCUACCCUAGAUGGGCUUCUUUUGUGAAAUCCAUUACGAGUCCACAAACUCAUAAGGAUCGUUUAUUCGCAAAACACCAGGAAGCUGCAAGAAAAGACGUUGAACGUGCAUUUGGGGUCCUUCAAGCUCGUUUUGCCAUUAUUAAAAAGCCGUCUUUGGCGUGGGAUACCGACAUACUCCACAAUAUCAUGCUCGCCUGCAUCAUAAUACAUAAUAUGAUCGUUGAAGAUGAACGAGAGACGUAUCAAAAUAACGUUAAUACCAAUGAGUUUAUGAAUGCUGAAGGGAACGCUAAUGAGGACACUACCGAGUACCGUACUGAUCGUAUUGUGGAUAUCGGCUUAUACUUGUCUCGUAGAACAGAGAUUGAGGAUCAACAGACUCAUUUGCAGCUAAAAAACGACUUGGUCGAACAUAUAUGGAAUAAAUUUGGUAACAACGAAAACUUAGGCAACUAG